CCUUUCAAAGAUAUAGGAUCGAACGAUGGGUUCAGGUUCUAGCCGAUCAAGAUCCGGUCAAGCUCCGGCCGGGACAGUCAACAGAUCAGGUGAUGGUCGGAGCUCCUCUUCUUCAGACCCCAAGAAAACAGGAUGGGAAUGGUUUGAGAUCAACUUCAGCUCCAUGGAAUUAGGAUUCGAUUCCGACGAUGAAGGGGAUGCUGGUGAUGAUGCUCCUCCUGUGGAUACUUCCCCUGUGACUCCUGGACCUGAGGUAGCCGGGGAGGAUGGAGGUGGAACAGCACCUACGGAAGACCCGGAAACAGCUGCUGAUUCUGCAGCCAGUGGAGGAGCUGGUGGAGCUGACGUGCCCCCAGCGGGAGAAACAGCUGAUCCAUCUCCUGGAGAAUCGGUGGGAGAAUCGGAUCCUGCUGUGACGGAAAGCGAUCCUGCUGCAAAGCCCGAACCAGCCCCUGCCAAUGCCUCCGAAUCGACUCCUGCUCCUGUUCCAGCUCCUGCACCUGCGGCCCCUGAUCUCUCCGAUCUGCCAUCACUCUCCGUUACUGGGGUUAAUCUAUUUGAAUUAGAGAAUGCGAAAGCACAUCACACCGAUGAGUUUGAACAGGACGCGAGUGGAAACCCUUGUUUGAUUGUCAGGAGAGGUCAAGAAUUCACCAUGAAGGUCAACCUCAACCGGAAGUACUAUCCAGAAAUAGAAAAGAUACUUCUACGAUUUGCAGUAAACACAAAGAUUCCCCGACCUACGAAUGGAACAAUGAUAACACUUCCUUUGAACGGUCCCACUGAAGAAGGGGAAUGGAGUGUCAAGGUUGAAUCGAUCGAGGAAAAAUCUGUGAAGGUAAAGGUGAAGAGCGCCCACACAGCCAUUGUUGGCUGCUACAUGCUGACCGUCAUUGUGAAGUACCUCAAGUCUGGCGUGCGACGAGAGUUCGCCCAAAGGAAAAACAAAAUCAACAUGCUCUUCAACCCUUGGUUUGAAAAGGACUCGGUGUUCCUCGAGAGCGAAGAUGAGAGAAAGGAAUACGUCAUGGAGGACAUGGGUCUUAUCUGGCGUGGAUCCUACAAGAACUUCCACGCCAAAAAAUGGAACUUUGGACAGUUCGACCUUGAUGUACGAGAAGUGGUCUUUCAGCUUCUUGAGGACUACAUCAAAGCGGAAGACAGGUGGAAUCCGAUUAAGGUAUCUCGGGUGAUGUCGUCGAUCAUUAAUGAAUCUGGUCGAGGUCUUACAGGCAUACUGGUCGGUAACUGGAGUGGGUCCUAUGAUGAUGGUACAAGUCCCACCAAGUGGAACGGUAGUGUGGCGAUCUUAGAGGAGUAUAAAGAAACAGGAAGCCCUGUUUUGUACGGACAAUGUUGGGUCUUCUCUGGAGUCUUCACCACCAUCCUGCGUUGCCUUGGUAUACCCGCACGGAGCGUCACCAACUUCGCUUCAGCUCAUGACACCGACGACAAUAUGACCAUCGAUAAGUACGUUGACCUCUGGGGGAACGACCUCAAGAGAGGUCACGACUCGGUGUGGAACUUCCACGUCUGGAACGAGGCCUGGAUGACAAGACCAGAUCUAGAUCCUGGACUAGGAGGGUGGCAGGCUGUGGACGCUACGCCUCAGGAAACCAGUGACGGACAAUUCCAGUGUGGCCCUGCCCCUGUGAUUGCUGUCAAACGAGGUUUGGUGAACCAAGGACAUGACACUCGGUUUGUAUUCGCAGAGGUCAAUGCUGACAGGGUUACCUGGGAGGUCCGGAAGUGGAAACAUAACCCCAAUGACCCCAUGUCAGCAAGCUUCAAACACAUUGGUCUCUCCAAUAACUCAGUGGGCAAGAACAUAAGCACCAAAGCCGUGGGGAGUGAUGCAAGAAACGACGUAACGUCGGAGUACAAGUUUCCUGAAGGAUCUGCGGAGGAACGUGCAGCAGUCAUGAACGCGGUCAACAAGGGUAUGAGCCGCGGUGUUUACCGGGAAGACGGGUCGGUUGACGAUGUCGUCUUCGUCGUCGAUGACAUCAGUGACGUCUGGAUCGGCGACCCAUUCCGAGUCCGCGUCAAGGCUACGAAUAAAUGCGACAAGGACCGGACAAUUUUCAUGAAGUUGAAUGUUGAGAGCUGCUAUUAUACAGGUAUUGCGCUGGAAUCUAUAAAGAAAGAGAAGAUGACCUUCAAGAUUGGUCCCGGAGAAACGAUCGAGAAUAACAUUAACAUCGAGGUCGAUGACUACCUCGGCAAGAUCGACGACCAGGCAUUAAUCUCAGUGUUCGGGAUCGUCUCGGUCAAGGAAUCAAGCAAGACUGCCACGAUUCUUGAUGAGAUCCGACUCAAGAUACCUGACCUAGAGGUCAAAGGUGAGGUCAACGGAUCAGAGGUCUGCCUUACGGUAGGGUUCAAGAACCCACUUCAAAGGACACUGACCGAUUGCGAGUUUGUUGUGGAAGCUCCGAAACUUGUCAAACCAUUCACCGUAAAACACCAAAACAUACAAGCUGGUGAAACGAUAUCGAAGGAGAUCAAAUUCAAGGCAAGAGCUCGCGGACGAAAGGAAGUCCUCGUCGAGUUCGACUCGCAGUACCUCAAAGACGUCACCGGGUCCGUUGUCGUACAUGUCAAGGAAGUCUAAUGAGCUGUUAAGACAUCACUAAGCCUCAAGAACAAAGGACAAAGAAAUGCCUACAGAGUAUAAGAAUCACAACCGUCCUGAUAUGGAAUAUCUCUCCCAAAUAUUGUCAAUUAAAUGUGUUAAAGAGAAAUAAUCAAAAUGCUGCAAUAAUUGUCAGUCAAAUUCUUGAAAAAAUAUUUUCAUGUAAUCUAUGCAAGUUUAAGCCAAUCAGGAGUGGUGAUUUGUAAACUGACUAUGCAAAUAUGAAAUUUCUUUUAAAGACAUGUCUGAAAGGGAUUUUGGAACGCUAUAUUUUAGAUCCCGUUAUAUCCUCAUAAAAUGAUCAUCCUUAAAAUUCAUUUCUCUGAUAUUUUAAAGCGAAAAAAUAUUAUCACUAUAUUUCUUGAAAUAUUUUAUGCAAAUAAUAUAUAAAUAUAUGU